UGUAUGCAGACAGGGGCAGAUUACAUCAUCGGUUGCUUAUAAAGCCUUGUCCUGGGUUUCAUUAGGAGAAUACCUACAGACAGACCACCAGAUCUCUGAAAAGCCCACUCGACUGAAGAAAACUGUAGAACUGCAACCUCAUUCACAGCAACCAUGAGUGAGAAUGCAGAUGAUCAUGGGAUCCAGGACAAGCUGUGGCAGUUGAGAUGUCACUUCACGUGGGGGCUGGAAAUUGAAGACAAUGCAAUACCGGAUUUAGAAAGCAGGGUCAUGGAAGAGAUUGAGUUCCUAGACACCAGAUACAAUGUGGGGAUUCACAACCUUCUGGCCUAUGUGAAGCACCUGACAGGCCAGGAUGAGAAAGCCCUGCAGAGCUUGAGAGAAGCUGAAGACUUGGUCCAGAGGGAGCACGCAGACCAGGCAGACCUGAGGAGCCUGGUGACCUGGGGCAACUGUGCCUGGGUGUAUCACCACAUGGGCAGAUUGGCAGAAGCCCAAACUUACCUGGACAAGGUGGAGGACACUUGCAAGAAGUUUGCAAGUCCCUCCCGCUACAGGCUGGAGUCUCCUGAGAUGGAGUGUGAGGAAGGAUGGGCCUUGGUGAAGUGUGGAGGGCAGUAUUAUGAGCGGGCCAAGGCCUGCUUUGAAAGGGCUCUGAGAGUGGAGCCUGAAAACCCUGAAUUCAGCCUGGGGUUUGCCAUCUCCUCCUUCCGUCUGGAUUAUGAUGAUGAAAACGUAAUUUCUCUAGAGCCCCUGAGGAGAGCUGUCAGGUUAAACCCAGAAGAUGCAUAUGUUAAGGUUCUCCUUGCCCUGAAGCUUCAGGAUGUAGGACAGGAAAAAGAGGGAGAAGGCUACAUUGAGGAAGCUCUGAACAGCACAUCCUCCCAGCCCUAUGUCUUUCAAUAUGCAAGCAAAUUUUACCGAAAAAAGGGCUGUGUGGAUAAAGCUAUUGAGCUCCUUAAGAAAGCCUUGGAGGCAAGACCCGACUCUGGCUACCUGCAUCACCAGUUAGGGCUUUGCUACAGGGCAAAACUGUUUCAAGUAAAGAAUGGGAAAAAUAUGAACCCUAGAAGGCAGGAAAGAGAAAAUGUGCACAGAUGGGUUCAAUUGGCUAUAAAAGAAUUCCAAGAGACUCUAAGACUAAGGCCAAGAUUCGAGAUGGCUUACGUUCACAUGGCUGAAAUGUAUGCAGAAAGAGGCCUGUACCGAGAGGCAGAGGAAAAUUUUCAGAAAGCAUUAUGCAUGGAUAACCUUGCUGACCACAUACAGCAAGACAUUCAUUACCGCUAUGGCUGUUUCCAACAAUUUCACAUGAGAUCUGAAGACAAAGCAAUCACCCACUAUUUAAAAGGUCUAAAGAUAGAAGAAAUGUCCUUUGCCAGGAAAAAACUUAUAAGUGCCUUAGAAAAACUGGCUAAAAGGCGUGUGGACCAGAAUGUGAGUGUUGUGGAGAGUGUCAGCCUCCUGGGGCUCAGCCACAAAUUAAAAGGGGAAGUGAAGGAGGCCCUGCUGUGCUAUGAGAGGGCUCUGAGGCUCACUGACCAGCUGAACCCUGUGUUUUGAGGAAGGGGCCCCAUCCCCCAUUUCAUCUACUCACAACUAAAUAGAACAACAAGCUUUUCUGCUUGCUAACUCCCAAAAUGUAUAACUGAUGAAAUAAAAAUGUAGAUGGGGAUAGCACAUGCCCUCUCCCCUGCCUGCCUGCUCCUGCCUUCUCCCUGCUUCCUUAGUGCCUAGGCCAGGAGCAUCCAUCCUCUCUCCUGGCAUCCCUGCACUCAUUGGCCCUGGAUGAAAAUCCUGUUUGACACCCAGCAGCUGCUGGACCCACCAGGAUCCUUUUCCUAAUGACUGUGCCUUGGAAAUGAACUGCUUCCUCCUUCAGUGAGGCUGUUGUCCUGGACCAAGGAGAAUUCAACAGAAAGGGGUUCUUUCUUAUGUGGCCAGAAACUCUGAGGCACUUCAAGAUCUAAAAGCAAGACAAAUGAUCAAAGAGAAGAAUAUAAAAGGCGAGGCCUUGAGAAGUUCAGUAUAACAUUCCAGCCCAAGUACCAUUUGCCCGGCCCCACUAUACCCUAGACCUGCUGGUCAGUGGGCCCUUUAUACAACCUUCUCAUCAUUUAACCUUUCAUUUUCAUGUGUCCAGCUGCUGGAAAAUCACAAGGGAGCUAUGUGAUCCAAAUACAUAGCUGGAAAUUUAUUCAUAGCUACAAAGACUUGAUGUUUUAGGGAAAGAAAAGGGAAGUCAAAAACCUGUUUGGGAUGUGCAAGGUCAAAAUGACACAAAUAGGUUCAUACCAUUUUUUGGUGUUUAUUAGGUAGUAUGUGAUAUAAUAUUUUUUACCUGACAUAAAAAUAUUCAGUAAAAUUGGCUAAGAGCACCAAUUCUUUGAUUGUAUUUUGUGUGAUAUUCUAAAAAGAUAUAUAUUCUCUGUGUAGAAACAGAAAACCAUGGAACAUAAAAAGGCAGCCAUGACAAUUCAAAUAUCACCAAGUCUUUAGAAAACACAGGGAAGAUAUUCACUUUAGAGGGCAUGGGAUUAGAAGCCUGACUUAUGUGACCUGGAUCCCUGAGGGAUGUUGACCAAUGGUGGGGACUGGGAGUGGGAAUGGGUUUGGUUGUGGCAUUCAUUUCACACUUGGGGAACCCACAAGUGACACAUUUUUGAUUUUGUUGAUACUUAACCAAGAACAAAUUUAGUAAAUUCAACCAGAGGAAACUAUUAGAACAGAAAUAUUGUCCUUUAUUGUGUGUGGGAGGAAAAACAAAGUAUGACUUGGGCUCACCAGGCCUCUCUCUGAAUUUGUUACCAUGACUGUUACAGAGUAACUUGGAGGGGGAGAUUUGCCUCUGCUCACAGAAUUAAUCUAAAUGAGAACUCUGAGGGCACAUCUGUACUCAUUGGAAGAUACACACAAGGUACUUCUGGUUGUCACACUAGACAGCUCUUGGUUUGGCUCAGUUUUAUAGUUGUUGGUAAAUUGAAGGCCAUUGUUCCGGGCCCAUUGGAUGGUUUAGGCAAAAAGAUGUAUGGGCAUUUAUAUCCCUUUGGCUGAAUUCAUCACAAAUGUAAUGAAGCUAGUUGGUAAGUUGUCAGAAAGUGUGAUUUCAAUGCACCAAACUCACUCAUCAAUGAAUAUUGAAACAUCCCCAGUACUCCAGGUACUAGAACCAAAAUCAGUUUGCUAGCAACUAGUUUUUGAGUUUCUACAAGUUUGUGUGCAUGUAUGUAUGUCUAUGUGCAUGCACGCAGGUGUGAGUAUAUAUGCACUUGGAACAGCAAAACGUAACUUCUCAUAUAAUCUCUUUUAAACAAAAUCAGCUCUCAGACAAAUAAGAGGCACUUGAUAAGGCAUAAUGGGUUGGUUGACUGAAAGUCUUGUGAGUGCUAGUUUUGUGUAGCUCAUAUAUGCAAUAUGUAGCAGAGAAGAACAGAGGACCGGGAGUAUAGGACUGCAUAGCUCUCUCUGCUUACGUGAAAAUGAAGACUAUGGAAGAAUACAUUAAACUUUGCAGUGUUUCCCCGUGCAGAAGAGUGUGGAAAAGAAAGAGGAACUGCAAUAAAAGAUAGACUUCUCUGUAUUCACUUUUGAAACCAUGUCAAUGUUCUAUGAAAUUCCUAUUUUAAAAGCCAUCCACAUAUGUAUGUGAUUCAUGAAUUUAUCUUUUUACUUUUUAGUUGUAGUUGACACAAUACCUUUAUUUUAUUCAUUAUAUGUGGUGCUGAGGAUCGAACCCAGCACCCCGCACACGCUAGGCAAGUGCUCUACCGCUGAGCCACAACCCCAGCCCGCAAUUCAUGAAAUGUUUAGCAAUUAGUUAUGCUGAUUGCAUUUUAAUCCAACAACAAAGAAACAGAGAAAUUGAUGGAUAGAUAGAGAAAUUAGUGGAUUAAUAAAUAUGCAAUAGAGUAAACAAAAUAAAAUGUAAAAUGUA